AUGCCUUCUGGAGUGAGGUCGAGAGAAGUUGGAAAGAGCCUACAGGGGAACAGGGUUAAGCAGGCUGAUCUAGAGGCACAAGUGGCUCUCAAGAAUUAUGAACAAGAUCAAUCGCCACACUUGAGGUCGGAGAUGAAUAGAACUGCAGCGGAAUUAGUUCUAAGAUUAGGAAUGGAGGAAGACUUCUGGAAACAAAAAGCGGCAAUCCGAUGGGUCAAGCAAAAGAGGGAAAAAUCCAGGAUACACUCUAUUGAAGAUGAAGGUCAAAUCAUAUCAGGUGAUGAAGAGUUGCGAGCUUCGGCUGUCAAGUUCUUCCAAUCCUUGUUGUUCUCUGAUAUUGAUCAAUUACAAGAACCGGAUUUGGAGAUUCUGUCUUCUUUGCCUCCUAAUACUAAUAUGGAAGCUCUGGAAAGUCUACCUACGAAACAAGAGGUAAAGAGCGUGGUGUUUGGAAUAAAUGCAGAUAGCGCCUCGGGUCCGGACAGUAUUUCUUCGCUCUUUUUCCAAUCUUGUUGGGAUAUUCUUGGGGCCGAUGUUACCAAAGCAGUUAUAGACUUCUUCAAAGGGUCCCAGAUGCCAAAGGAAUUGCAGCAGCAACUAUGA